CAAUUCUCACAUGACAAGGCACGACGAGGUGUGGUUGAGCUCUCGUGAACAGGGAAACAGGGGAGAGUAUUUGCGCACGGACCAGACCCUUGAUGCCGGCGCGACGGCUGAUAAAGCGCGGUGGAGCACUUGCCCGAAUCGGCAGCACUACUGUCAACAAUCAAAUUUCCCCACCACCUGCACCCAAGCGAACCUUCAGGCUUCCCGUUACCACAGGAAACCUCAAUUUUCCACUCUCCGCAAGUUGUCUUUGGGCCUCCAGUCGCCUUCUUGAUCUGUUCGCACCGUCGUUUAGCAACUUGCACGCAUAUUUGAUACUCUCACCAAGAUGCGCGAAAUCAUCAGCUUGAACGUUGGGCAGGCCGGUUGCCAAAUUGCCAACUCGUGCUGGGAGCUUUACUGCCUCGAGCAUGGCAUUCAGCCCGAUGGCUUCCUCACUGAGGAGCGCAAGCAAGCCGACCCUGACCACGGCUUCAGCACUUUCUUCUCCGAGACAGGCAACGGCAAGUACGUGCCGCGGACCAUCUACUGCGAUCUCGAGCCCAAUGUCGUCGACGAGGUCCGCACCGGCGCCUACCGCGGCCUUUUCCACCCCGAACACAUGAUUACCGGCAAGGAGGAUGCGUCCAACAACUAUGCCCGUGGCCACUACACGGUCGGCAAGGAGCUGAUCGACCAGGUCCUUGACAAGGUUCGCCGCGUCGCCGACAACUGCAGCGGUCUUCAGGGUUUCCUCGUGUUCCACUCCUUUGGCGGCGGUACUGGUUCCGGCUUUGGCGCUCUGCUCAUGGAACGCCUCUCGGUUGACUACGGCAAGAAGAGCAAGCUCGAGUUCUGUGUCUACCCGGCUCCCCAGACCGCCACCUCGGUCGUCGAGCCGUACAACUCGAUCCUGACGACUCACACCACCCUUGAGCACGCCGACUGCUCCUUCAUGGUCGACAACGAGGCUAUCUACGACAUCUGCCGCCGCAACCUUGGCCUUGAGCGCCCCAACUACGAGAACCUUAACCGCCUGAUUGCUCAGGUCGUUUCCUCCAUUACCGCUUCUCUCCGCUUCGACGGCUCGCUCAAUGUCGAUCUUAAUGAGUUCCAGACCAACCUGGUCCCGUAUCCGCGUAUCCACUUCCCGCUCGUUGCUUACGCCCCGGUCAUCUCGGCCGCCAAGGCCGCCCAUGAGGCGAACUCGGUUCAGGAAAUGACCAUGUCCUGCUUCGAGCCCAACAACCAGAUGGUCAAGUGCGACCCCCGUCACGGCAAGUACAUGGCCACCUGCCUGCUGUACCGCGGUGAUGUCGUUCCCAACGAUGCCCACGCCGCUGUGGCCACCCUCAAGACGAAGCGGACCAUUCAGUUCGUCGACUGGUGCCCGACUGGCUUCAAGCUCGGUAUCUGCUACCAGCCUCCCCACCAGGUGCCCAACGGCGACCUGGCCAAGGUCAACCGCGCUGUCUGCAUGCUCUCCAACACCACCGCAAUCGCUGAGGCUUGGUCGGCGCUGUCAUCCAAGUUCGAUCUCAUGUACUCGAAGCGCGCCUUCGUACACUGGUAUGUUGGUGAGGGUAUGGAGGAAGGCGAGUUCUCCGAGGCACGUGAGGAUCUUGCCGCUCUGGAGCGUGAUUAUGAGGAGGUUGCGGCCGACUCUAUGGAGGGCGAGGAGGUCGAAGCCGAGUAUUAGGCUGGCUGUGUCAUAACUUGGUGACACCUUUAAUGGGCUGGUUCAUUGGGGGACGUUCGGACCACACCAAGCCUUUCACUUGGCCUUUGGACCUUGCGAUAUCUGUUGGCAAUGGCCCUCUACGAUAUGGGUAUUCUUGGCAAGCGUGGGCCCAUGUUGAGCUUCUCUGU